AUGAUUGACGAUGGAGGCCUCGUUGGUUACAAAACCGCAGUAGCAAACUACGUGGGGAAACAACCAAGUGGCGUAAAAACUGAUUGGUUGGUGCAUGAAUACUGGGUUGAUGAGUCUUCUGCUGAUGACGAAAAGAUCUAUCCGAGUCCACAAGCUAUAAACAAGAAGAAAGCAGAAGAAGAGGAGAAUGAGAAGCAGAAGCAAGCAUUAGAAGAGGAUGUUGAGAAGCAGUCUUGUACUAUCGACUCUCAUCAACCACAUCAACCGCAGCAGUUUCCGCAAGCCCCGUUGGAUUGUUAUCAACCGCAGCCUUGUGAUUCGGCGUAUCAUCAGCGGCAGUUUUGGCCAGGCCCGUUAGAUUCUUAUCAACCGCAACCUCAUCAUAUUGCGUAUGAACAACUUAUAUUCCAGCCAGCCCCACUAGAUUCUUACCAAGCACAGCCUCAUGAUAUUGAGUAUCAGCAACUACAAUAUCGCAUGAUGACGACGCUAAAGGAAGAAAAUGGUCUCGCUACUCUACAUCAACAACUACAACAACAGAUGAAUCCUUCUCCUCCGCAAGGUCAAUAUAUAUUGAAGAACUGGGAUGGCGAUGACCCAAGAAGACUUGUUAACAACAUCGGCGUAUAUAUAUCAAACGUUUGA